GUCGCUCCGCGGUCGCUACGGAGAGAGGGAUGGCUCUGUUGUAGUUAAAAGACACUUUUGUGCACUUUCCCAUGCAUUUAGGACAACUUUCUGUCAUGGCAGUCUGUUGGGUACGCUUAUCAGUCGUUUGGGCAACGACUCAACCAAGUUUAAACGCUUGUCCAUCCACGUUUUGUUGCUACUAGUGCAUUGAUCUAUCUUGGCAUGACAGACAAAGAUUAGUUAGCAUGCUAGCGAGCUAGCCGCCCAGCCUCAGCAUCACACAGCGACCACGCCUGCCAGUGACAGUGUGACUGCAGGUUUCUAGUCAGACAUGGGGAAGUUACAGAGCAAGUUUCGCAAGAGGUCCGAGCUCUACAGAGCAUCUCAAGGGGAGAAGGCAGAUAAUACCUUUGACAGUCAGGUGGUGCAGUAUGAACCUGCCCAUCAAGGAUCCAUCAGCUCUGUCACAAAUCUCAGCCCAGAUCUGUGUGUUUCUGGUGGGAGUGAUCAGGCUGUGGUGGUGUAUGACUGGAAACAAGGCCGGAUGUGUCAGUCCUUCCAGGGUCACAACCGAGAGGUUACCAAGGUGGUGUGUUAUCCAGGCAGUACAUGGAUCUUUAGUGCCUCACGGGACAAGACUGUUCUGAUGUGGGACCUAAACCAAGGGGAUGAACCUAUUCAGGAAUUUUGUGGGCACGAGUUGGUGGUCAAUGGACUAGCUAUCAGCCCUGAUGGGAGAAAGCUGUGCACCGGUUCUCGUGAUAACUGGAUGUGCCUGUGGGAUAUAGAAUCUGCAAAAUGUGAACAGAGACACAACAUCUCUAGAAACCUGGUGACUCAUGUGUGUUGGGUGCCAGGCAGCUCCUCUAUAGUUCAGACCUCUGAGGAUAAGACCAUCAGGGUGUGGGACAGCCGUACGUGGCAGGUGACCAAUACUUUUCCAGCCAAGCAAUACAUCCAGACCCACUGUGACGUCUCUCCAAAUGGAAACUAUUUGGUGUCCAGCAGCAACGGCUUCGGAGGGCAGGGCUGUGAAGCCACGCUCUGGGACCUGCGCCAGCCUGGCUGUAAAGUUGUGGAGUACAGAGGCCAUCUCCAAACCACAGCCUGCUGUGUGUUUAUACCUACACCUCCUGGUGGCACAGCUCAGGUAGCAACAUCCUCCCAUGACAGCUCCAUCAAAAUCUGGGAUCAGAACACAGCAGUUUGUUUAGGGACAUUAUCUCUGGACGGUGCUGGUCCACUGGUUUAUCUGGCUCCAAAUGACUCCAACAAUCUGCUGUGUGCCAGUUUCAGCAACGGCAUCAACCAUAUCCAGGUGGGCCAGGGAUCAAAUCAGGCUCAAGGUUCUGGGGCAGGUUCAGGUGGGGCAGGUGGCCUGGACAUUAAAGUUUUGGCACGUUUCUGACAGCCCAGAGGAACUUGGUAUGACUCAUUACCCUGACCGGUGAACAGCCAGUGACUCAGCGAGCACUAUCACUGGAUGUGAAAAUCAUGUCAUUUCUCUUUUCUUUUUUUUACAAUUUUGCAUAUUUCUAUAGACAUUUUUGCUUUACUAGACUGCCAUACAGUGAAAAAUGACAGAGGAAAUCAGCCAGAAAAGGAAGGGAUGAAAAUGACAUGUAUGGACGAUGCACCUUUUGUCCAACAGCGCCAUCUGUAUGCCCAACACAUCAGUUCUGCUGGGAGACUAUAAACACCAAAACCAUCAUGCUAAGACUGUUGCCUUCAUGAACCAAGGAUUUGUAUCUAUACAAUAUACACUGCUUCAGCUAGGUGGAGCUAAUGAGGUAUUUCAUUCACACGUUGCAUUGCUGUUAACGGUGGUGCUGAACACAGGUUUAGGGGACAUUUUGAUGCAGCAGGAGUGGUGUUGAAAAUUUGGAACUAUUCUUAGAGCAGGGAAAUCAGCUAUUUGAUCAGGACUUUUCCUUAGUAUGUCGCAGAAAUGAGAGCCAAAUACAAUCUCAUACUAAGAGUAUGUCAUUUGUUUUGGUGCAGUCAGAUUUGUCUUGUCAGAUUUGUCUUCUUUGUCAAACACUUUGUGGAAAGCUGUUUUUUUUUAUCAUCAAAAUAGAGUAAUGAGGAGCAUGAGUAUAUUGAUAGUAAUGUAACCAUUGAUUAGUUUGUACACUAGCUUUAACCUAUUAAGUGUUAGACCAAAUGUAUGUAAGUAUGUACGAUACAGGACUGUAUGAACAUGCUUUGUUUUUAGGUAGAUUUUAAUUGAUAAUGGUUUUUAAGAUACAGAUUCUGAUAUUUUUAAAGUGAAGCUGCUGAUAGCUGAUGUGCCGAUAUCCAGUAUAUUUAAAUUUGAAAAUGACUAUGCAAAAUACUGGCGUAAUUCCCUUUUUGAUAAACUACUCUCUGAAUAAACAAAUGAGAAUUCAAAAAAAUAUUGAAAAAUAUAUAAAUAAAUUGCAAAUAAAGCUGCCCGCUGCCAGUUAGGUACUUAAAAUAUUUGACAUGUUUUUGUUAAAAUGAGCUAUCCAGACCUGCUGUGGUUUAGCUAGCAAAUGCUAAUGUACAUAUUAACAGCCUUAAGUGAAUGAAUUUGGCUGCACAUUACAUUCCUAUCUGAACUGAUCACUGUCAGGACAUAAGGUGAAAUAGUCUUCAAUUUGAAGUGUAGCUUUAAUACUGAACACUAAGCUGCUUAAAAAUGACAUAAUUUACCUUUAGUAUCUGCAGCCAGAGGAAUAAAAUGAACAGGUUGGCAGAUGGAUCAGAGUAAUGCACUCUCAGGUGAUUCCAAAUGCACUUUAUUGGAUGUUAAUCUGAAAGCAUCAGUUGGUUUAGCACCUACCUACUGAUCUUAACUACAAUAAGAAAAGUCAGUGUGAUGUGUGACUUUGUCAUACGGUGCUGAAGAGUCCACGUUUAAUAAUUCAUUAUUUUUCAUAGGGAAUACUACAAGCCAGAGGAAACCAAAGGUGAUCAGACAUUUCAUUUUGUGAGAAGUUACUGUCUGGAUCAUUUGUCACUAAACAUCAGCAGAUGAUUUGAUUGUAUCUACUUGUGUUGAUACAUUAUGAUAA